AUGGAGGGCCAACGGUACCUGGACCCUGCGCGCACCCGUGACGUCGACGCGCCAGAACGCGCUAGCGAUGCCUUCUUGCCCGAUUUGUCCAGUCUCACGAACAGCACAUCACCAUGCGAUGCACGGUCGGGUCUAGCAAUGGUUGUCCUCAAUUUCACACUGACGCCUGAGGCGGCGUCGAAAGUCCAUGACUUGCUGGCCUGUCUCAGCAAGUUCAGCGACACAGUAGCCAUCGAAGCGAAACGCGAAAGAUUUUUUACCACCUACGAGUGCAUACCAAGCCAUGGCGGACCAGAAGGCCGGUUCACGUGUAGCAUGUACACCAAGUCACUGCUGUCCGUAUUCAAAGGACGACUUUACGACCCUCUUGGGCGAGACGGCGCCAUUGACAGGUGCGAAGUCAGUGUUCAAGAGCGAGAGAAUGAGGCGCAAUGUCGGUUCAUCGUGAAGAUGGUGUGCAACCAGGGUGUCAUCAAGACCUACAAGUUGACGUACGAAGCAUGCGAGGUUAUGCACGCGCUAUUUGAUCGCAACGUAGCCAAGAACAGGUGGAGCCUCCAUUCAGGCGCAGUCAAGGAGUACAUCGAGUAUUUCGGUACCAAAACGGAGAUGUUGGACAUCUAUGCAGGCGAGGACGGUCGAUGCGUGUUCAAGAGCUAUACCGAGAAAGUCACCAACGGCAAGGAAAUCCUGAAGCACCCACUCGUCACAGCAGUCGCAGUCAACACAUCAGAUUUUGACGACUUCAACGUGCAGCCAGGCCUACAUAUCGUUGUCAGCGUCAAAGACUUCAAAGCCAUCGUCGUGCACGCCGACACACUGAAAACCAGCCUCAAAGCAUACUACUCGCAACCAACAAAGCCACUCCAAUUUAGCUACGGAUGUGACGGUCUGACGUGUGAAUUCACACUCAUGACUUCAGGUGAUUACAACGCUGCACCACCAACACCAACACCCGCGCCCCAGGCGCCCAGUCGUCAGACUUCUCGCGCUCCUUCGACAACCACCGAGCGGGCAGACGCCCGAAGAAGACCGGCAUCGCAACAAGUCGCGAGGCAGCAAGACUCAGAAAGCCUGUUUGUAAAUGAUGAGGACGAGGAGUGGGCACCUCUGGACUAUGACAAGGAAGAGACGCUGGGCUGGGACGCAAGUGCAGACCACGAUGCUUCUGCGUUCCCAACGUUCAGGGACAGUGGAAGUGUGUCGAAGACGAAUAAUGUGGAUAACGCUGAGAUAUUCGAGCCAACGCAGAGGGUAUCACAGCUCAAGGGCUUGGGCUUGUGGUAA